AGCCAGGGAAAACCCUAGCGAGUCACCGCCCCUCAUUUUCCUCCCAUUGGUAGAGAGUGGGUCGAGGGGCGGGCACUGCCGAGCGACUCUGAGUCCCGUGAUUGGCUGAGAUAGCCGCUGUCCUGCCCUCUGUCCCCUCCCGGCAUUGCCGGAGUCGGGUGGGUCGGUGGCUAUAAAGCUGCUGAGGGCGGGAGCCACAGACUACUGUCCUCCGUCCUUUGCUCCGUUCUACUCCCAGGGUCCGAUCGCGUUUGGCUCUUUCACCAUGCCUGGGUCACUUCCUUUGAAUGCAGAGGCUUGCUGGCCAAAAGAUGUGGGAAUCGUUGCCCUUGAAAUCUACUUUCCUUCUCAGUAUGUUGAUCAAGCUGAGUUGGAAAAAUACGAUGGUGUAGAUGCUGGAAAGUAUACCAUUGGCCUGGGCCAGGCCAGGAUGGGCUUCUGCACGGAUCGCGAAGACAUCAACUCUCUCUGCCUGACUGUGGUUCAGAAACUGAUGGAGAGAAAUAGCCUUUCCUAUGACUGCAUUGGGCGGCUGGAAGUCGGGACAGAGACAAUCAUCGACAAAUCAAAAUCCGUGAAGUCUAAUUUGAUGCAGCUGUUUGAGGAGUCUGGGAAUACAGAUAUAGAAGGAAUAGAUACAACUAAUGCAUGCUAUGGGGGCACAGCCGCAGUCUUCAAUGCUGUGAACUGGAUCGAAUCCAGCUCUUGGGAUGGACGAUACGCUUUGGUAGUUGCAGGAGACAUCGCUAUAUAUGCCUCAGGAAACGCCAGGCCUACAGGUGGAGUUGGAGCUGUGGCUCUGCUAAUUGGGCCAAAUGCUCCUUUAAUUUUUGACCGAGGGCUUCGUGGGACACACAUGCAGCAUGCCUACGACUUUUACAAGCCUGACAUGCUCUCUGAAUACCCUGUGGUAGAUGGAAAACUCUCCAUACAGUGCUACCUCAGCGCAUUGGACCGCUGCUAUUCUGUCUACCGCAAAAAGAUCCGGGCCCAGUGGCAGAAAGAGGGAAAGGAUAAAGAUUUUACCCUGAAUGAUUUUGGCUUCAUGAUCUUUCACUCGCCGUACUGUAAACUGGUGCAGAAAUCUCUAGCUAGGAUGUUCCUGAAUGACUUUCUCAACGACCAAAACAGAGACAAAAACAGUAUUUACAGUGGGCUGGAAGCCUUUGGGGAUGUGAAAUUAGAAGAUACUUACUUCGACAGAGAUGUGGAAAAGGCGUUUAUGAAGGCUAGUGCUGAGCUAUUCAACCAGAAAACAAAGGCAUCUUUGCUUGUAUCGAAUCAAAAUGGAAACAUGUACACAUCCUCUGUAUACGGUUCCCUUGCUUCUGUUCUGGCACAGUACUCACCUCAACAGUUGGCCGGGAAGAGGAUUGGAGUGUUCUCUUACGGUUCUGGCUUGGCUGCCACUCUCUACUCCCUUAAAGUCACACAGGAUGCCACACCAGGAUCUGCUCUUGACAAAAUAACAGCAAGUUUAUGUGACCUUAAGUCAAGGCUUGACUCAAGAACGUGUGUGGCACCGGACGUCUUUGCUGAAAACAUGAAGCUCAGAGAGGACACACAUCACUUAGCCAACUAUAUUCCCCAGUGUUCAAUAGAUUCACUCUUUGAAGGAACGUGGUAUCUAGUCAGAGUGGAUGAAAAGCACAGAAGAACUUAUGCCCGGCGUCCCUCCACAAAUGACCACAGUUUGGAUGAAGGAGUGGGACUUGUGCAUUCAAACACAGCUACAGAGCAUAUUCCAAGCCCGGCUAAGAAAGUGCCAAGACUUCCUGCGACCUCGGGCGAACCUGAGUCGGCUGUCAUCAGUAACGGGGAGCACUGAGAGCCCGUGGCCUUCACAGAGGCUCGGGGCUGGGAUGGGGUAUGGAAAUGGUUAGAGGAAUGGAUGUCUUGGGACAAUUUUACAGAUUACGUGUUGCUUAAAAAUGUAAUGUAACUGACACAGAGCCCAGAAAACUGUUGUGUUUUUGGAAAAGUCUCCGCUGAGCUCCUAACACGCUUCCUGCUGUGGGCUGGCCAAUGGUGAAUGUACUGCGAUGGUGUUAAGGGCUCUGCAGGACUUCAUACCUCGCUGCAUGUUUACACGCAUGCGGGUUAGGCUUCAAGUGCGGUCUGAACUGAGUGCUUCUGACUGCAAAGGCGGAGGUACUGGUGUCCAGUUUAAAAAUUGUUUUUUGUUUUUUUUUUUUAUGUGUAAGAAUUUUUAUACUUAAAUAAAAAAAAGUACCUGUAGCUUUUGGGGGAAAAAAAAAAACCUUUUUCUAGGUUGGGGAUUGUGGAAUUUAAAUGUUACACAUAAACCCUGCUUAAUGGCAAGGCAAACAUUUAUCUUUUUCGAAGAUUUAUAAAUCCUGAAGAGAAAAAAAGAGGGUAUGGUUCUAGGAUCUGGACGAACCAUCAGUGAGAAAGGUUAGUCAUAAUCAAGUGAGCAGAAGGAUGCUGGCGUUGAGCAGGCUCUGUCACAGCAACCAGGGCUCUGUGGGCACAGCUGAGGGAACUUUCUGGCCAGGUGCCCGUGGCUGGUGCUCAGCUGCACUGAGAGGCAGUGGAGCUGCUGCACAGAAGCUGGCUGUGGUGCCGAGCGCCUUACCUGCGGGAUAAAGUGUAAAGUAGGAGGGAUGGGCAGGGCACUAUUAGGUUACAGUGUUACAGACCCAGGUUAUAGACUUGACAACUCAAAUUCACCAGACACCUUUUUCCCUUUGUGGUUUGUGUAUUUUUUGUGUUUUGUUUGUUUUUUUAUAUUGUUCAAUUAAAAAUUAGAAAAUUUAACCUACAUUUUCACAUAGUCUGAUUAGCCAAAAGGAAUAUUCACUUCAAGAUCUAGAAGUAGAAUUCAUAACAUUUUUUCCUAAACUUUGACUUUUAAAACAACGAAAAUUACCACAUGAGAUGAACAAGAAAAUUCAUUAGAAAGUUCUCUGGGUGAUUUUUGGUGCUGAACUGACAUGAGCCUCAUAGACUGUAAAACAGAAGUAGUUGAAACUAAUGUACAGAACUACAUUUUUUAAUUUUAUUUGCGUUUAAUUCUGUGAAGUUUCAGUUAUCUAAAAUAAACACAUAAACGUGUAAUGUUUCAGAUUGCAAGGUGAGAUGUAAUGUAGCAUUUGUAAGAUAUUCUUGUCAAUAUUAACUGGUAGGAUUUUGAUUUGUACAGUUUUAAUUGGUUAAAAUGAUCUCAUUUUAAUAUCCACUGCUAUAGAUGAAUGAUGUAAGCUCAGAUUUAAUGAAUGGUGGGGAAAUGGUGCAUGUAAUUUUUUUGCAAGUAUCGAGAGUUCCGUAUGUUUUGAAAAGAAUAAUUUAACGUUUGGGUGCCAGGAAGGGGGCUUUCCCAGAGUCCAUUGCCAGGGGUGGGCAAGCCUCGCAAUGUUGGCACGGAGCGUUAACCACACCUUACUGAUAGCAAGGCGAAUAACUUUGAAAUAAAGUUUUAGACAAA